AUGGAACCACGAACUCUGCAACUAAUGGAGCUUCAAACCCAACAACAAAUGGAACUACAAGCCCAGCAACAAGUCGAGGAUGGAGGAAACAACCAAGCAGCCGGGAGUAGUGCCAACACGCCUAUCAGACCAACCAAUAACCGGUGGACUCACACACCAGCUCAACUGAGAAUCCUCCAGGAGCUUUACUACGACAGGGCGCUUAAAAACCCAACUCCAGAGCAGAUUCAAGGGAUCUGUCUCCAUCUGAAACCAUCCAUAGAUCUCAACUUUGGUUCCACCGAUUCUACUGGUGAUGAUGGAUGGAUCGAUCUAACCCUUGGGUCAUGCGUCGGCUAUGGUGUUGACCCAUAUUCCUCCUCACCCUUCAACACCAAUACCCGUACUAACUCUUUUGGCACAACAGGAGGACAAUCUCCCAUGGAACAACAAGGAGGAGAUCACCAGGAGGUCGAGACUCUUCCUCUGUUCCCUGAGCACGGUGAAGACAUCCUUGGUAACCCGAAGACUACAUCCGAGGAAGGUAGCGCAUUUGGUUACUAUUCUGGUGGCUCAGGCGGUUACAACAGUGGUUCUCCUGUUUCUCUUGAGCUCAAUCUCAACCCAUCCGGAGCUGCUGACCUAGCUUAG